CAUGUAUAAAACACCCCACGUCUGAGCUGAUCGGCAUUCAGACAAACAACCGUCAAACAAGAUGAGUCUCAACGCUAAGGACAAGGACGCGGUCAAGGCCUUCUGGGCGAAGGUGUCCGGCAAGGCUGGCGACAUCGGAUCCGAUGCUCUGUCCAGGAUGCUGACGGUGUACCCUCAGACCAAGACCUACUUCGCCCACUGGAAGGACAUGAGCGCCGGGUCCGAUCCGGUGGUGAAGCACGGAAAGGCCGUGAUGGGUGGAGUUGCAGAGGCCAUAAACAAAAUCGACGACCUGAAUGCGGGUCUCCUGAACCUCAGUGAGCUGCACGCCUUCACUCUGCGUGUGGACCCUGCCAACUUCAAGAUUCUCUCCCACAACAUCCUUGUGGUCAUGGCCAUCCUGUUCCCCAAAGACUUCACCCCCGAGGUCCACGUGGCCAUGGAUAAGUUCCUGGGCGCUUUGUCUCGUGCCCUGGCCGAGAAAUACAGAUAAACUGUAUACAGGAGCCGCUGACGCACAGCAGGGUGAUCUUUCAUAAGAUGCUCUCUGUCCUUGAGAAUAUUAAUAAAAUAUCAAAUGCAAUGAA